AUGACUCAAACAGUUUAUCUCGUCGUCGGCGCCUCUAGAGGAAUUGGACUCGCACUUGCUACCAAAUUGAGCGAGAAUCCAGAUAACUACGUUAUUGCAUCGUACAGAUCGGCAACCACGGCCUCCAAACUCUUGGAACUUGCCAAAAAACCCAACGUUGACACUGUCGUUGUAGACAUUGCCGAUGAGGACUGCAAAGAACAAUUGGAGAAAGGCCUUGCUAAGCUGACCGAUGGUCUUGACGUGGCUAUCAUCAAUGCCGGGAUUUCGAAGUCUACUCUCCCAAUUCUGGAGUGUUCGAGAGAGCUCUUCAUGGAGCACUUCUUGACCAACACCAUUGGUGCUCUUGAGGCUUAUAAGGCCGCUCACGGCUUCUUGUUGAAGAGAAACACCAGAAAGGUCGUCUUCACCUCCAGCAAUGCCGGUUCCAUUGGCACCUACCUGCCGCUACCUGUCGGGGCCUACGGAACCUCAAAGGCCGCUCUUAACUUUGUGAUCAGAAGACUGAGCGAUGAGAAUGCCGGGGAAAACUUCAGCUACGUUGGUGUCCACCCAGGUCUCGUUGUUACCGACAUGGCGAAAGGUCUUAUGGAGAAGAUGGAAAACAGCCCAACCGACCCGAUGGCUCUCGCUUUCAGUGAGUACCUCAAGAACCACGGAAUCACUGCAGAAACCAGUGCCGAAGGCAUUGUCACCACCAUUUCAAUGCUGUCGCCACACACCAGCGGCAGGCUCGUCCGCGUCGACGACCAGACCGAUUUUCCGUUCUGA